GGGGGCUGAGCGAAGGCGUCCACCAACCAAUGGGGCAUCACUCUCGGGAUAACUAAUGAUCCCUGACAACCCCGCGUAUUCCUUUCGGUUCCUCCUGAUGCUGAGGUCAAUAUUGCCGCAUUUAACGUGUAGCCGUGUGUGUUUGCUGGUUCGUUCUCCCUCAAACACACUACCCUCCCCCCCAGGAGAAUUGCGACAAUGGCGCAACCAAACAAACUGGGCCAAUAUGCCUCGGUCAUUUCAUCAAGGACCUCAAACACCUCGACCAAGUGAUCAACUCGAACGGUCCCGAGCCAUUUCCCCUCGACAUGCCUGUGUAUCGCACCCGUCCGAUCGAUUUCGAUUGGGAAGAGAAAAAGGAAAGUGGCGUUAAUAUAGACGCGACAGCUACGGUGCCUAUUGCAGCAGCAGCAGGUGUUACUGCUAAUGCCUCGCUGGGUUUUGCUUUGAAGAAGACUGUUGGCAACUACUGGCAGAUUGAUGAGCUAGACACCCUCGUUGUGCAGCCUACAAGGGCGUAUGUCAACAUUUGUCUGGCUAGCGCGCCAAUUGUCGAGUUCUUGGAAUCCGUCAAGCUUGGUCCGACAUGGUCAAUCUUUAUGAUUACUGGGCUCAAGAUCGUCCGUGGUAAAUCCACCCAGACAACUUCUCACGGGCGGGAGCGAGGUGUCCAUGGAGGUCCAGGAGUAGGAGUUGCCGGCAUUGCUGAAGUUACCAUAGAUGGUGGUCUCUCGUCAGGACAGUCCGUUUCGAUAUCUGCAACAUAUGCGCACGAUUUUGUCUGGGCCGUGAGGCUUUCAAAGAUCACCAAAGGUUUCUUUGACAAGGUAUGGACACAGAAGACUUUCUCCAAGGGCGCGACAUUCAACAUGGAUGAAGGUCCUGAAGGCGUAGAAAACAUAAAAAAUAUUCUCCUGGAUGAAGGAUUACCUAGCAACGAGGUGUAUGCGAUAGACUCUGAAGAAGAGGGAGACGAAAUAAUAAUUGUGUCAGAAAACCAUCAUUAGAUAGUUUAUUUCAGGGUCGCUAUUUUUAGUACGAGCUCAAGGGAUUGUGUCCGGUGCGACUUCCGUGGCUGGAGGAUCGCUACCAUAUUCACGCAAUGCUAGGUAGCUUUCUAACUCCAUUACGAUACAAGCUGA